AUGAGACACGGACACGAAAUUGAAGGUGAAGACCACCAAUCGAGGGUUUUAUACGAGCUUUGUUCCGUCAUCAUUCACACUCUCAAGUUCCCUCCAUUACCCUUUCCUUUUCCCACUUCGUAUCCAUAUUCUUCUACUGCCACUGCAUCAUCAUCAUCUUCUUUGCCACACCCUAAGAGACAACCUUGGUGGACAACGUUGGAGUCCUCGCAUGAUUCAACUGCUGCAUUUGCGUCUUUGUUUCUGGGUAUAUCUCUGGCCUUGAUGCUUUUUGGGUCGGUCACAUUCCUCGGUGGGUUGCUGUUGUUGCCUUGGGUUACUCUUUUGGUGCUUGUGUUCUAUGUCGCUUUCACUUGUCUCUAA